ACCUCACCACUACUUUGAAAGCAUUUUAUACCACCCUUUUCCUAAAACAUUACAAAGAAGCUAAUUUAUGAUGGCUUCUCAUAGAUCCAUCUUUGCCACCUCUAUCCUUCUUUUUGCGUUGCUAGCUAUUGCCUCCGCAACUGAUUAUGGGUAUGGUCCAACACCAAAUACUGAGAAAUCUAAACCUAAAACCGAGGUUGAUAACAAACCAUAUUCUACGAAAUCAGAUUAUGAAGUUUCCAAACCCAAUAUAGCUCAUGAGUAUAGUCAAACUCAAGAGAUUGAGAAAUCAAAAUCCGAUAUAGAUUACAAUCUACAUGUUUCAAAACCAAACUAUAAAGUUCCCAAGCCAAAAAUAAAUUAUAGAUACAAUCCAGUUUCAAAGACAAAGAAACCCGAACUUGAAACGAAUAAUGGGUAUAGUCCAUCACCAAAAAUUGAUAAACCCAAGGCAGAAGUAGUUUAUACACCAAACCCCACAAAACCAUACACUGAAGUUACCAAACCUAAAACUGAUUAUGGAUAUAGUCCUACACCAAAGACUGAGAAACCCAAACCCGAACCAGUUUACACACCAAAUUCCAAUAAGCCAAACUACGAGGUGCCUAAGCCCAAAACAGAUUAUGGAUAUGAUUCAAUCCCAAAGAUUGAGAAACCUAAGCUUGAAGUAGUUUACACACCAAAUCCCACAAAAUCGGACUAUGAAGUUACCCAACCUAAAACAAAUUAUGGAUAUAGUCCAACACCAAAGACCGAGAAACCCAAACCCGAACCAGUUUACACACCAAAUCCCAAUAAGCCAAACUAUGAGGUGCCUAAACCCAAAACAACUUAUGGAUAUAAUCUAAUCCCAAAGAUUGAGAAACCUAAGCUUGAAGUAGUUUACACACCAAAUCCCCCAAAACCGGACUAUGAAGUUACCAAACCCAAAACAGAUUAUGGAUAUAGUCCAACACCAAAGACUGAGAAACUCGAACCUGUUUACCCGGCAAAAUCAGACUAUAAAGUUCCCAAACCCGAAACAAAUUAUGGAUAUAAUCCCACCCCAAAGGUUGAAAAACCAAAAUCCGAAGUAGUUUCCAAACCAAAUCCCACAAAACCAGACUAUGAAAUUCCCAAACCCAAAACAAAUAAUGGAUAUGCUCCAAAACCAAAAGUUAAGAACCCAAAACCCACAAAACCAGAUUAUGAAGUUCCUAAACCAAAAGAAAACUACGAACUACAACUCCCAACAAUCAUCGGUGUUCAAGGAACAGUAUUGUGUAGAUCAGGCACCAAUUAUUAUCCAAUUAAAGGUGCAGUGGCAAGAGUUACAUGCAAAAGUGUGAAUGAGCUUGGAUAUGAGACAAGUCCAAUAACAGUAUUGAGUCAUGUAACAGAUAGUAAAGGUUAUUAUGAUGUUACAUUGUCAUUUGCAGAGUUUGGAUCAAAAUUGAAGAAUAUUGAAUGCAAAGCAUACUUAGAGAGUUCUCCAUUAGAGACUUGUAAACUUCCAACUGAUGUGAAUCAUGGAAUCAGUGGUUCUCCUCUUUCGUCAUAUCGUCUUCUUGAAAACAAUUUCAGAUUGUACUCUGUGGCAACUUUCUUCUACACUUCAGAAGCUAAACCUGUCCCUGGUUAUUGAAACAUGUCCAUUGAUUUGUCAAAGAGAUCAUUAAGUUAUUUGCAUGGAUGCAGAGUUGAAGAAUGAUGGUUUAUUUUUUAUUUGUUUUGAAUUUGUGGGUUUUCAUUUUUCUAAUGUUUUUGUUAUUAUUUGUCAUUUGAUUUCACAAUUCGUUGAUUAUUGAUAUAUAAAGAAAAACAAGGUUCAUCAUGAGCUAAA